UAUCCUGAUGGUUGCCUAUUCUGCCCCAGGAUGGAGCUGCGCUGUGUGAUCGCGGUUAUACGGCAUGGGGACCGCACGCCCAAACAGAAGAUGAAGAUGGAGGUCAAGCAUCCCAGGUUCUUUGAGCUGUUUGAGAAGUACGAUGGCUACAAGACGGGGAAGCUGAAGCUGAAGAGACCAGAGCAGCUGCAGGAAGUGCUGGACAUUGCACGCCUGCUCGUGGUGGAGCUGGGGACACAGAAUGAUGGCGAGAUGGAGGAAAGGAAAUCCAAACUGGAGCAACUGAAAAGUGUCCUUGAGAUGUAUGGACACUUCUCCGGAAUCAACCGCAAGGUGCAGCUGACCUACCUGCCCCACGGGCACCCGAAAGCUUCCAGUGAGGAUGAAGAGGCCCGCAAGGAGGCUGCCCCAUCACUGCUGCUGGUGCUGAAGUGGGGGGGAGAGCUGACCCCAGCAGGACGUGUCCAGGCGGAGGAGCUGGGCCGGGCCUUCCGCUGCAUGUACCCUGGUGGCCAAGGGGACUAUGCCGGCUUCCCAGGCUGCGGCCUGCUGCGACUGCACAGCACCUACCGCCAUGACCUCAAGAUCUAUGCUUCGGACGAGGGCCGUGUGCAGAUGACGGCAGCAGCUUUUGCCAAGGGGCUGCUGGCACUAGAGGGGGAGCUGACGCCCAUCCUAGUACAGAUGGUGAAGAGUGCCAACAUGAAUGGGCUGCUGGACAGCGACAGUGACUCCCUUAGCAGCUGUCAGCACCGUGUGAAGGCCCGACUACACGAGAUCAUGCAGAAGGACACCACGUUCGGUGAUGAGGACUAUGAGAAGCUGGCGCCUACAGGCAGUGUCUCGCUGACGAACUCUAUGGCAUUCAUUCAGAACCCCGUGGAGGUCUGCAACCAGGUCUUUGCCCUGAUUGAGAACCUCACCACCCAGAUACAGAAACGGUUGGAGGAUCCCAAAUCUGCAGACCUGCAACUGUACCACAGCGAGACGCUGGAGCUGAUGCUGCAGCGCUGGAGCAAGCUGGAGCGGGACUUCCGCAUGAAGAGCGGGCGCUACGAUAUCAGCAAGAUCCCCGAUAUCUAUGAUUGCAUCAAAUAUGAUGUGCAGCACAACAGCACCUUGCAGCUGGAGGGCACGGCCGAGCUUUUCAAGCUUUCCAAGGCCCUGGCGGACGUGAUCAUCCCCCAGGAGUACGGAAUCAGCAGGGAGGAGAAGCUGGAGAUUGCCAUCGGCUUCUGUCUCCCCCUUGUCAAGAAGAUCCAGCUGGACCUACAAAGGACCCAUGAGGACGAGUCUGUCAACAAGCUGCACCCGCUGUAUUCCCGAGGGGUGCUGUCGCCUGGCCGCCAUGUCCGGACACGCUUGUACUUCACCAGCGAGAGCCACGUCCACUCCCUGCUCAGCAUCUUCCGCUAUGGUGGGCUCCUGGAUGAGAACAAAGACCAGCAAUGGAAGAGAGCCAUGGACUACCUGAGUGCCGUCUCAGAGCUCAACUACAUGACCCAGAUCGUGAUCAUGCUCUACGAGGACAACAACAAGGACCCAUCCUCAGAGGAGCGAUUUCACGUGGAGCUGCAUUUCAGCCCUGGGGUGAAAGGCUGUGAGGAGGAUGGAAAUGUCCCUACAGGGUUUGGCUUUCGCCCUGCAUCAGCAGAGAACGAAGAGAAGAAGCCGGACCAGGGCAGCAUGGAGGAUCUCUCCAAGGUGAAGAACAUCACUGAGACGGACCGAGUGCAGCUGAGGUCGCCGCUGCCCUCCGAGAUGAUCAGCGUCCAGCGGAGGUCACCCCUCAUCCGGAACCGCAAAACAGGGUCCAUGGAGGUGCUGUCUGAGUCCUCCUCCAAGUCGGGUGGGUAUCGCCUCUUCAGCACCUACUCCAGGCAGGCAUCUGAAAUGAAGCAAAGCGGCCUAGGGUCGCAGUGCACCGGGCUGUUCAGCACCACUGUGCUGGGAGGCUCCUCCAGUGCCCCCAACCUCCAGGACUACGCACGCAGCCACGGCAAGAAGUUUGCCACCAGCCUGACCUACAAAGACGAGCUCUUGUCUAUGCCAGCCGUAAAACGAUUUUCUGUGUCGUUUGCAAAGCAUCCGACUAAUGGUUUCGAAGGCUGCUCCAUGGUCCCCACCAUCUACCCACUGGAGACGCUGCACAACUCCCUCUCGCUGCGACAGGUCAACGCGUUCCUGACGGCACUGUGCCGCAGCUGCAGUGUCUCGCAUGCCCGCUCGUCUUCAGCCCUUUUCGACUCCAUGAUGGGGACCCCGGCGCCUGGGGACCCGUUCCUGUCGCAGAGGAUCCUCUCAGCGUCUGCCUUGCCCCUGCGCCCGCGCUCGGACAAACCGCCGUGGUACAGCAGCGGCCCCUCCAGCACGGUCUCCAGCGCCGGCCCCUCCUCCCCGGCCUCCGUGGAGAACUACGCGCGCUUCAGCUUCACCGAGAAGCCGUCCAUCAGCCCCCAGAGGAGCGAGGAGCGGCUGAGCGGCCAGGCCCCUGCACUGAGCGAGGGGGAGGCCUUGGGGCUGGGCCAGAGCGAGGGAGAAGGGGAGCCCCCCGAGCCCCAGGUAGAGGUGGGGGAGCCUGGGCUGGGGGGUGAGGUUGGGGGGCCUGAGGCAGGGCUCGCCGGGGAGCUGGUGGAGCCUGGCGAAGAGCAGGCCUCCGAGCUGGCCCCAGAGCAGGCGGAGGAGGGGGUAGUGGCGUGGGGGGAGGCUGAGCCCGCCGGGGAGGUGCUGGAGCUGGCCGAAGCAGGGCAGCCAGCGCCGGAGGAGACGCUGGCAUCACACGACGAGGAGUCAGAAGGGGACGGCACUGGGCCUGGCCCCCUGGCUGAGGACACGGCGUCACAGCCCCCUCCUCAGGAUGUGCACAACUAGCCGCUUCCUCCGGGCCAGCGGGGUGCAUGAACCGCAGUCAGCGCCGCACACAGCCGGUCGCCACGUCUCUCCUGCCGCGGGCCCAGCCCCAGCACCAGCACCCUGAGCCCGGCCCACGCAUCACGCACGGCACAAGGAUGCUGGAGUCUGCUCCUCGCUGGCUGACCAGGACUGCCCCGGCCCCUGGCUGGGAAACAGCCCCAGGCCUGGCAGAGGGUCGGCGGGGAGCGGGCCACACUGGUGCUGGGCAGUACUGUGGCCCCUGGCACAGCUGCAUCCUGGAGCAGCAGAGGUGGGGGCAGGGGGCUGCAGCUGCUGGGUGGAGAGGAUGAAGGCAGGAGCUGGCUUAGCCCUGGCUCCAGGCAGAGGGGCUGGGCUGCGGCAGGCAGGCACCGGUGUCUUGACAGCCACGAGCUGCAGCCAAGCAUGUAGAGCCAGUCUUCAUGCCGGCUGCCACAGCAGGCCCAGGGAGGCAGCUGCCAGCACUGGCAGUGGGGUCCAGGCUCCCAGCUCUGCGGGGCUGUGUGGGUGCGUAGUGGCUGGCCUGGCUGCACUGCGCACAUGGGCCGGAGCAGUGGGGCGAGCGGGAGCAGAGCCAGCUGGUGAUGGCCUGUUGUAGGACUUUGCUGCUGCUGCUGCUGCUGCUGCUCCUCUUUGCUGCUGGGGAAGAGCCGGCAGAGCACAGGCUGGGCUCAGGGCAGCACCUGUGGCUGACCUGGGCUGGGCUGCAAGGGGCGCAGGGAAUACGGGUCCGCCCCGUGUCAGGAUGGGCCAGCGCUCACACUCAGACCAUCUGGGUGUCGGGAGCUGAGGCUGCUGUUGAACAAAUCAGGGUUUGUUAGUGAGAAACCAAUGAGGAGAAAUCUAUUGUACAUAGAGCAGAAGUCUAUUAAUAUAUAUUUAUGUGUACGUGGGGCACUGCAGGGAGGCCGGGGCUGCGGUGGGGCCUCUCCAGCCACCAGCUCCAGCGCCCGCCCGUGCACCCCUGUGUCUGGUGCUGGUGGGUCUCUGUCUGUAGGACUCGUGCUGUCUGGUGAAGCUGUACCCAAAGAUCUCUGUGCUGUGUUGCUGUGAGUGUGUGUUCACAGUAAACAUCUUUGCUGUG